GCCCGCCUAUUUGAAUAAGCUGUAGCAGCUGCAGUGCACACAGAAAAAGCGGAGGAGGUACUAUCACAAUAUAAUGAGUUAAAGCUGGGCUGUUUUCAGGAGUAAAAAGUUGUUAAUUUGAAUCUCCUGUCGGCUGAACCGCGGAGUGGUAACUUAACUGGGAAUUGUACACACUUUUAAGAAAUGUAGGUACUUUUCGGCCGCAUUUGUCUUCACUUCACGAUGGAGGAACCAACGACAAGAGAGUUUGAGAUGUCCCUGUCAGAUGGUGCCUCGGACGACGAUAUGCCCUUAACGUUACCCCCGGAGGACAGCCACAGUGGGAGCAUCCGAAAGGGCUGUGAUCCUUUUGCCCAGACUCAACGCAGUAAACUACAGCACCGGCGAGCUCGGAUCAACCAGCAGAUCAACAAGGAGAUGCGCAUGAGAGCCGGAGCAGAGAACCUAUUUAGGGCAACGACAAACAACAAGGUGAAGGAGACUGUGGCUCUGGAGCUCAGCUUUGUCAAUUCCAACCUGCAGCUGCUCAAAGAGGAGCUAGAGGAACUCAACAGCAACAUGGAGGUCUAUCAGACAGACAGUGAGGCCAUCAAUGUUCCCAUGAUCCCACUGGGAUUAAAAGAAACCAAAGAGGUGGACUUCACAGUUUCUAUCCAGGACUUCAUCUGUGAGCACUACGGAGAGGACAGCUCGCUGUAUGACAAAGAAAUCAAUGAGCUUAUGGAGCUCAGACAGGCCAUGCGUACACCCAGUCGUAACCAGGCUGGCCUGGAGCUACUGAUGGAAUACUACAAUCAGAUGUACUAUCUGGAUCAACGCUUCUUCCCCCUACACAGGAACCUUGGUGUGCACUUCCACUGGUAUGACUCUCUGACAGGUGUCCCGUCCUGUCAGCAUACGUUGGCCUUUGAAAAAGGAAGUGUGUUGUUCAACAUUGGUGCUCUGUACACACAGAUCGGAGCACGGCAGGACCGCUCUGCAACAGCUGGAAUAGACAAAGCUAUAGACGCCUUUCAGAGAGCCGCAGGUGCAUUUAAUUACCUGAAGGAGAAUUUCUCGAACGCUCCAAGCCUGGACAUGAGUAAUCCAUCGCUCUGCAUGCUGGUACGGCUCAUGGUUGCCCAGGUGCAGGAGUGUGUGUUUGAACGUAUCACACUCACCACGCUGGACACGCACUUCACAUCUCAACUGCAUCUGGCUCAGGAGGCUGCACGGGUGUCAGACGUAUACUUGUUGGUACAGCAGACCAUGACGCAGCCUCUGAUGAAGGACUAUGUGCCAUUUUCUUGGGCGUCCAUGGUUCAGGUCAAAUCUGAACACUUUCGUGCCCUGUCACACUACUACGCUGCUGUUGCCCACUGCAACCACAUGUUGUCUGCAGAGGAGGAGGAGGGGGAGGAUAGUGAAGAAGCAGAGAAGGCUUUCCUCCAGUUUUACAUCAAUGUUCCUGCAGGACCAAAACUCAGCCAAGUUUUACGUGACCCUGAAAAAAGAAGAAAGCUUGGGACACUGUCUUCAGGUAAAGCUCACCUGCGGCGUGCAGUCAUCAGACAUGAGGAGGCUAUGCGUGUCCACAGUCUGUGUAAGAUCCUGAGGAAGAUGGACAUCCUGCAGGACGUGCUGUCUCUCACGCACAAACGCUCUUUGGACAAGUACUCAGAGUUGGACAGAGAGGAUGACUUUGAUGAAACCGCAGAGGCUCCAGAGAUACAGUCUCACACCCAUCAAAAACCAGACAUCACUCCACCAAACUUCUCUACAGUCCAAGUCACUGAUAUCUUUCAAAAACUGGGGCCUCUGUCCGUGUUCUGUGCUCGGGCUCGCUGGGGCCCCAUACGAGUGAUCUGCCUGCAGAGGGGAGAGGGUGGCCUGGGGCUCACACUCAGGGGGGACUCCCCCGUCCUGGUGGCUGGAGUGGUGCCUGGAGGCUGUGCAGCGGAGGCGGGACUGAGGGAAGGAGACUACAUUGUAGCAAUAGACAAACAGGACUGUAAAUGGGCCAAACAUGGCGAGGUGGUCAACAUGCUGAAGAGCUGCAGCGACAGAAGAGUGGAGCUCAGUGUGGUCACACUACACUCACAUGAAUCACAGGUAGAAAGGAGAGCCAUCAUGCUGUCUCACUGCAGCGACAAAGAAAACACACGGCAGCACCUGCUAGGUGGAGGUAAGGGCCAGAGCUCUGCCUCUUUGUUGAACUGGAACAGGAAGAAGAAGAGGGAAGGCAGUGGUGUCACCAAGAGACUAGGAAGCACUUUCAGUUUGUCAUUUGGAAGCAUCAGAGAUGCCGAGGCCAUGUAUUGAGACAGGGCUGCACAGGAACCACUCAGGGAAUGACAGCAGUGGAGCACACCAGGAAACCCCCUGCUGGGGAUGGUGCUGCUGCAGAGUGCUUUGAUAUACGAGCACAAGCAUAACCAUGUUAAAAUGUGCAGCAUGGUCCAGUGUAUCUGCCAACUUUUUUGUGGGAGCACACAUACCAAGGAAAACAACCUCUAUGUACAGUACACAAGGAGCUUAGCAAUCACAUUCUGUAUUGGCUAAUGUACUGCAGUUAUUUCUGCCCAUAUAAUGAUGCCUGUCAUGACACAAUGACAUAGCAGACAAGAUUUAUAGUGAAAAUUUAGAAAGACAUUACUGAAAUCUCCUUGUACUCAACUUUACACAACAUGUGUAUUGAAAUUAGUGUAACUUAACUAAAAUAUUGAGAGGACAAAACAGAAUUAACAGGCAUGCACCAUAUUUCUUGUGUCUUUUGUAAUCCUGAAAUGGUCACCUAUUGAACUACUGAAGUGCUCCUCAAACCAUCUGAACUUAUUGAUUAGGAUCAGUUUAUUCUCUGACACUUCACAUGGAAGUAUGAUGAUUGACUUGUCUCAGACCAGUAUUUUGGAGAAUAUUAUUGUUUAGUUUUGUCACUUUAGAUGAUUAAAAGCACUUCAGAGGUUUUUUGUGGGUAUUUUUAAUACACUGUGAAUACUUCUAAGGACAAAUCUCUUGUCAACAAUGUAGGUGUGAAUUGGCAUUACAAGUUGUGUGUUAGAGUGUGAACAGCUAUUGAAGUCCAGCCACUUUACUGUGAGUUACAUUCAGCCAAUAUUAGGAACAAUGGAUGACGAUGUUAGUGAGAACAUUUUUUUAUUUUAAUUAACAUUGUUUAAACUUUUUGUAAGAUUUUGAUACAAGUAGAAUUCUGAGAAUUGUAGCACAUUAUUGUUUGAUCCAGCUAAAACUUACCGCUAUCAGUUAUCGUUUGUGCCAUCUGUGAUCCACAGUGACGAGUACGGAAAUCCAGAGGAGACAAAUACUAAUAAUUGUUUUGGAUUGAUGUAUUCAUUAAUAUAAAUAUAUCUAAGCUAGGGUUGAGAAUUCAAUGCCACGAUCACAAAAUAGGAAGACAGCGACAUUCAUUUCCAGUUUGAAGAAAACAAACUCGUCAUGUGGUGACGACACAGUGACAGACAAAUCUUCCUAUGACACCCUCCUCAGUUCUCUGUACUUUGUGUAAGUAAAUGUUUGUCAUGAGGAAUACUGUAUUCUUUGUGUUUAUGACUGAAUAUUGCAUCUGGGGAUUUGCACAGUACUUUUUCAUUUGUAAAUAAAGUAAAUGUGAAUUAUCUGCUUUAA